AUGUCUUCUAACUUCGAGACUCUGAGAAAGAAGCGCUACAUCAUAAAUAGUCUCAAUAAUUCCACGUCGAUUCUCGACUACCGUUUCAACGAAAUGGACUUCGUUCUGCCUACUUGGGUCCACGUCCCUGCCGAGGUACGCAAUGGCCUCGCCGACAUCCGCAAGAAAGUCAUGGUCACUGUCACCCUCAUGAAGCAACUGAUGCUCAUCCGCAACAACCGCUUCUUCGAGAUCUGCCCCACCAGGUCUGGUGCCCUGCACCAGGUGCACGUCCUCUCCGUCAAGCGCCUUCUCGAGUGGAAGGAGCGCUGGGACCAGAUCGACCCAACCCUCUCUGUCUCGGUUAAGAUUCCUUGUGAGACCCUGCGAUUCUGCGUCGACGAGUUUGCCUAUGCUCGUUUCACCACCGAUUACACCGAGAAGAUCCAUACUUUGAUGUCUGGUGCUUUCCAGCAGUGGCGCGCAGCUUGUCAUGCUGUCAGUCACCUCUCCUGCCGCCUGAUGGUUGGCAAAGAGCAGGAUUACCUCGACUGGCGCAAGUGGUUUGAUGGCGAGUUCACUGCCCACAUGCGGGAAUGGGAGAACUGCCUGAAGGGCCUGGUUCUGCCCACCUGGGAGGAAGUUAUUGAUGAUCUCUUCUUGAUGAUUCAUGAUCGUGUGGAGGAUGCCGAAGAGCUUGCCGAAACUUUCUACAUCCGUGGUGCUGACUCCCCAUGUCUAUGA